AUGUCCAAACAAAAUAUCAAAAAGGAAGCCACUUUACGUAGAAAGCUUGGGGUCGAAGAUGAUGCAGACCUGGCGGCUCUUCUCAAGGUCAUCCGGGCCAUCUACGCCCCCGUUCACAACGAUUAUAUUAGCGAUGGAGGCAAUUGGAAAUGGAUCUCCAAUUCUCCAACGCAUAUGACUCCUCUGAGAAACGGACUCCGGGCAGCAAUUCAUCUCAUGCCAGCGGCUGUUCGUAAUCAUUACACAUCACAGGCAACGGGAGUUCUGAGGGAUGCUCACCUCAUGAGAGAUAUCAUUCCUUUUCUUUGGUUUGUACGUCUUCAGGACCCCAGCUGGGCGGGGCCCAUGUCACUGGAUCCCAACGCCUACGAUCCCAUUGUCCCCAUUUUCCACCUUCACUCGCUGCUCCACCCGGAGUUCGAGCCCCGGCCCCCUGCACCCCGUGAUGGUACUGGGGCUCGCGCUUUAGGUCCCUUCGCAGGAAUCACUGGGGAGCUUGCUCGUGCUCGUAGAGCAGAGCGGAAAGAAGAAGCGGCCGCGGCCGCGGCCGCGGCAGCGGGACGUAAGAGAAGCAGGGAUGAAACCGAAGACAAAGAGGCCCCAGAACCGGCCGAGAAGAAACGAGCUGUAAGCGUGGAGAAGCCCCGCGUGGCUGGUAGAAGGGGCCCGCGGACGAAGACCCUCAGGGCGCGGGCCGUUUCUUCAAGCUCAGAGGAGCAGUCCACUACUGAGGAGCAGGCUGACCCAAUGGAGACGUCCCCCGUGAAUGGUAGAAGGGGUCCGCGGACGAAGACCGUCGGGGCGCGGACCCAUUCUUCGAGUUCAGAGGAGGAGGCCACUGCUGAAGAGCAGGAUUCAGAGCGGGAUGAGCCAACGGAAACGUCCCCCGUGAAUGGUAGAAGGGGUCCGCGUACGAAGACCGUCGGGGCGCGGACCCAUUCUUCGAGUUCAGAGGAGUCCACAAGUUCAGAGGAGGAGUCCACUACUGACGAGUCUGAGUCGGAGCAGGCUGAGCCAAUGGAUAUGGAGGAUGGCGCUCAAGGGCUCGACGGGAAUAAUGAUACCUCAAUGCCAGAUUAUGAGGACGAUGGGUCUGAGUCGACUACCAAACGGGGCUGGUUCUGGUAA